AUGACAGAUUCUUUGAGCGAUGUUCAAAUUGCUGAAAUCCAUGAAGCAUUUUUCCUCAUUGACAAAAACUCUGAUGGGUUCAUCACAGAGGAUGAAUUAACAACCACAAUCAAAUCAUUAGGUGUAAAUCCAACAAAAGAAGAAAUCCAAAAUAUGGUUACUGAAGUGGAUAUUAAUGGAAGAGGAAGCAUUGCUUUUGAAGAGUUCUUGAAUAUUAUGAGUACAAAAAUGAAGGAAAAUAUAUCUAAGGAGUUGAAAGAUGCGUUCAGAGUAUUUGAUAGAGAUCAAGAUGAAUAUAUUUCAGCCAUUGAGUUGAAAGACGUAAUGAUGAGAUUGGGAGAGAGACUAACAGAUGAAGAGGUUGAACAAAUGAUUAGAGAGGCAGAUUUGGAUGGUGAUGGUAAAGUUAGCUAUGAAGAAUUUGCAAAGAUAAUGGUGUUAAAGUGA